GAUUAACCCUUUUUUUUUUUUUUUAAUUUUAUAAAAAUUUGUAAACCUUUGUUUUUGGGCCAAGCAUGAUCAGCUUGUACAUCACAGGCCCACAUUCAAAAAGCCCAUUGGACUAAACUCAGUCCCACCACAUACUACAAGAAAAAGGGCCUCCGUUCCUUGGGAUCCUAACUGCCAAAUAGACUGACUCCGUCCGCUCACCAAUUGGGGACCACCACGCGUUCUCUCCCGAUUGGGUCCUCCACCAAUUCUCCCGCGCCAUUAUAAACCUCCACCCGUAACGGAACUCCGCUAACCUUGCCGAUCAAAUUCAUGAAUUUUCCCCUUCUCGAGAGCAAGAGAAAGAAAGAAAGAAAGAGAGAGAGAGGUGACGAGAAAGCAAGAGAUUGAGCAACGCAAAUGGCGACAGUUCAAAUGCAGAGAGUUGCAGUAUCGCCACAGGAACAAGCCAAUAUUGACGCAGCGAAGAAGAACAGAAUUCAGGUUUCCAAUACCAAGAAACCACUCUUCUUUUACGUCAAUCUUGCAAAGAGGUAUAUAGAGCAGCACAAUGAGGUUGAGCUCUCUGCCUUGGGAAUGGCAAUCACUACAGUUGUCACUAUUGCCGAGAUUCUGAAGAACAAUGGACUGGCUAUUGAGAAGAAGGUGUCCACAUCUACCGUUGGAAUGAAAGACGAGAACAAGGGUCGUCUCGUGCAGAAGGCUAAGAUUGAGAUUGUGCUGGGGAAGUCUGAAAAAUUUGACGCUAUAAUGAAAAUGAAUGCUGCUAUACUUGCUCCAGAGGCAGUUGCUGAGGCAAAGAAAUGACAACAAACGUAGAGCCCUUCCAACAGUUCAUUGUUGUAGUUAAACAUUCACAUUGUUUUUUACGCUCUGCCUCAAUAGAGAUAAGUAGGAUAAUAGGUAGAUAAAUUUUUUUUUGAAGUUGCUAGUAUGAAAUAUUAAAGAGAGUAGAGAAAACAAUUAUCAUAAAUGAGAUGGCAGUGCAGAAAGGGAGGCUGCAGUGGUAUGCUACUCUCUAGUUUCAUCCUUUCACGGAGAAUUGUAAAGAUCUUCUCUUUUAUCAUAUGUUUCCUUCUAGAUUUGUAAUGUUUUCAUCUUUCUGCACGUAAUGUUGAUGACUGAAUGUCAAAGUGGGAAGAAAUUUUA